AAAGAGUGGGAAAGAAGAGAAAUCAAUAAUCAAGAAAUCGUAUACUAUUAACUAGUCCAUCGCAAUCGGUUUCUUGUGUUCCAUUGUUGCGUUGUGAAAAUGAGUAGAGAAGGCGAGGGAGUGAACGUGCCACUGCUAGAUUCAACUCCGACCACCAGGGUGAGGCCGACAAUGAGAUCCGAUCCUUUCUUGACACUCUGCAGCUGCUUCAGCUUCGUCACCGUCUUCUCUGCGAUUCUCUGCUGCCUCGUUAACCUCAUCUCUGCUGUUCGCUCCUUCAAACACCACUCCGACGUUUUCGAUGGCAUAUUUCGGUGUUACGGCGUUUUCUUGGCGUUUAUUUUGGCUCUUGCUGAGACCGAAUGGAGCUGCAUCUACAAGAUCUGGCAGGUUCUUGAGUAUUGGUUUACCAGGGGUAUGCUGCAGAUCUUUGUUGCGGUCAUGACUAGGGCUUUCCCUGACUACAGUAGGGAGCGAAAAGAGUUUAUUCUUCUUCAGCGCAUAGCCUGCUAUAUGCUUCUUAGUUGUGGCGUCGUUUACGCUGUGUCGGGAAUCUUUUGCAUUGGUUUUCUGAAACGUUCUCUCCAAAAGCGGAAGAUCUCUAGAGAGCAAGCAGCAAAGGAAAUUAAGGAGAUGGAACGACGUAGAGAAGAACUUGAACAACUUUUAAGAGAAUAGGUUUGAAUCUUUUGAGAGUAGUGCUAAAAUCGUCACAUUACAAAAACCUCCACAGGCAACCAAUGCGGUAGAUUGGUAGUGUAGUUUGUUUGUUCCAUAGUGAGUUACAUUC